AUGGCCGCUGUUUUCAAAACAGGCAAAGAGCUUUGUUGCGGUAGCGAAGAAACUAACCCACACGCCGACAUCAGGGGAAAUCGCGCAAGUUUUAAAAAGCCUGCAUUUUACGAGCACUUGCAAUCUGUUCCAAAAGAGCCUGGAGAUCGUCGUCAUCCCGGAACUUUUCCUGUAAGCUACGAAAAGACAAGGCAAAUAAGGAUACCUUGGAAUAAGCGUCUUGGCCUCUUCUGCGGUCUCGGGACACAAAUUUGCCAGCUGGGCCAUUUCAAAUUCGGCCAGCUUUCCAGUGGCAUACAAGAUGCGGCGUAUAUGUUGGGUCAUUUCUCGAUGGCCAAAUCGCGAAAAUGUGGAGGCGUAAGUGUGUGUUUUUGA